CCGCAUUCCUUUGUCACACCUCGUUCUAUAUCAUGUAAAACUUAGCAGCUGGCUUAUAAUCCAUAUACAUUGUUCUUACACUAAUAGUUUUGUACGAGUUUGCUAUCCUGAUCAUCAUCUUGCUCUGACAUGGAGGAAAUGGACGGAUCGAAUUACAAUCUUGUUACAGGAACUCUUCGCCCUUCAAAAUCAAGAAUUAUCACCGGGAUUUUAGUAACAUUUGUUGCUUUGUUGCUUGUUCUGUCGAUUACCUUCGUCGUUCUUUACAUUCAUGAGAAAAAUACUGGAGAUGCAAAUGUUGGCAACUCACCUGGAGCUAGGAAAGUGGUUAACGUGCCUACAACAAGUGGGAAAACAUUUAGGCAUUCCAAAAUCGAUAAAGUGUGCUAUAAUAAAUCUUGCAUUGUGGCAGCUGGAGAAAUAUCAAAAAAGCUAGAUCCAACUGUAAACCCAUGUGACGACUUUUACCAGUACAGCUGUGGAGGCUUUGUAAAGAAUAACUUCAUACCGGAUGAAUUUAGUUCACUCUCAUCUUUUACCAUUGUCAAUGAAAGAGUUCAAGACAAGAUUGCAAAUUUUCUCAAUAAUGGUUAUUCAAAAAAGAUUUCAGGUACUGCUAUUGGCAAGAUGUUUGACUAUUACCAUUCAUGCAUGAAUGUAAAGUACAUUGAGAAUUCCGAUCAAUUUCUCAUACACAAGCUGUUGAAUACUUAUGUUACAAAUCUUAUAAAUGAAUUACCCUCUCUCGAAAUAACUUUGGGUCGUGUUUUGGGGAAUUUUGGACAAGGAGUGCUGGUUACUUGUGGGGUGACUCCCGUGCCAGAAGAUACAUCUCGUAACAAACUUGCUGUCGGUGGAGGAGUCGUAGGUAUGAUACAGAAAUUGUCAAUGACUGAUGAAGAUCAGCCGGAAGAAAACGUGUUAGAAGAAGGUUACAAGCAAUACAUGAACAAAACUUUUCAAUUGCUUGGAUAUUCUUCCUUCGUCGAUGUGCUGCAAAUAGAAAAAAAGUUCUUAUCUAUAAGGUAUCAUGGAGACAAAAAAAAUAAUUACCCCAGGGAGAUGACUGUGGCUAAGCUAAAGAAGUACACUGAACACAAGUUUGACUGGUUGGUCUAUUUGAACGAAGUCAUGAAAGUAGCAGGAAAAUCAAUUAAUGAAGAUACAGAAGUGUUAGUUUACUCACCAGCCAAGCUAAAGUUGAUUAUAGACUUUAUGACUAAAUACCAAGCAAGAACGAUCGCCAAUGAAAUCGCCUGGGUUAUUGUAAAUUCCAUGAUGACAGCAUUACCCAAGGGUUUUCGAGAUGCACGUAAUGAUUAUGUAAGCUUGGUAACAGGGGUUGAAUCUCCACUAACAAGACGAAGAACAUGUGUUGAAGAAACGAAUUUAUACUUCGAGUACCCCAUCGCAAAGUUGUAUGGUGAAAAAUAUGUUUCAGAGGAAGCCAGGAAGAGGGCGUUUAAUCUUUUUCACGAAAUACGAAUGCAGUUCAUUGAAGGAUUAAACGAACUUCAGUGGAUGGAUUAUACAUCUAGGGCUAAGGCCCGUUUAAAGUUAGAGAAGAUGAAGGAAAGCGUUGGUUAUCCUUUAUUCGUUAAAGACACAGCAAAAUUGAACAAAAUGUACAAAACUUAUCUUGUGGACGGCAAUGACUUCUUCAACAACAAAUUGAGAGUUUUGAAAGCUCGGUUUGUUGAAUACUUGAAGACGAUGGAUAGUCCACCUGAUGACAAAAGGUUUCCAUCACCUCCGACUGCAGUGAACGCCUAUUAUUAUCCUUUAAAGAACAAGAUGUAUAUUCUCGCUGGAAUUUUAGAAAAGCCUUUUUACGAACCUGAUCAUUUGAAGGCGUUGAAUUAUGGUAGUAUUGGCAUGGUCGUCGGUCAUGAAAUGACGCAUGGAUUUGACUUUAAAGGACGUCUUUAUGAUGAAAAAGGAAAUCUUAAGCCAUGGAUGACGACAAAGGCAAAACAUAAUUUCUUAACUAAAGCAAUAUGCCUGCUAAAAGAGUACAACAAUACGUAUGUCUACGGUAGAAAGUUAAAUGGACUGUUGACACUCUCUGAAAAUAUUGCCGACAAUGGUGGACUCAAGUAUGCCUAUCGCGCGUACAUGAAGUGGCGUAAAACAAACGGAGAGGAGGCAAAAUUACCAGGAUUAAAUUUUAAUAAUGAACAACUUUUCUUCAUUGCUUUUGCUCAGACUUGGUGUACAAAAUAUCGUAACAAAGUGAUUGACUAUAAUUUGAAACACGAUCCACACUCUUUAGAUCCAGCAAGGGUGCGUGUGCCGUUAUCAAAUUUUCCACAGUUCAGCAAAGCUUUCAACUGUAAAGCACCAAAACACACCUGCGUUCUUUGGUAAUAUGUCACCGAAAUUAUGUUUCAUAUUUUUAAAUCUUCUAGUUUUGAACUUUAAAAACAGGCAAUAGUUUUAAAAACUUUUUACACAUAUCUAAUUUAGUAUUCAUAAUUUUUACUUAAUCCAAGCACUUCUCCUAAAGACGAACGCUAUUUACAAUUAUUAAAAAAAUCACGAUUGUAUAUUUAGCCAUAUGUGUUACAAAAACCUAUACUAAUACUUAAAUUGCGUUUACAAUACCCAGAA